UGACCCCCACCGGCCGGGCAGGAGGAGAUGAAACCGGCAGAGGAGGAGGAGGAGAAGAGGGCGUGCUUGGCCGGCCCGCCUUCCCUCUCCCCCCCGCGUGACUUCUUUCUCCCCCUGCAGGCGGCGAGGGCGGCGAGGGCAGGACCACCAGCAUGCUAGAAGUGAACCGGUCUGGCGCCGGCGUUGCUUCCCCUUCCAGCUGAGCGGAGAGUGCCGGCAGCGCAGCCACUCAAUGGGUGCUACUCGGGGUUGCCCGGGAAGUCCUGGGAUCGGCCCCUCGCUGCUCCUGCUCGCUGGCUUUGUGCAGUCUGUGGCCGCCGCCGCCGCCACGGAAAAAGAGCUGAGCGAACCGGCUGCCAUGCCAGCCAUCCGUCCCAGUCCCGGAACAGGCAUCUUGCAGGGACCGACUGGGACCCCUUUCGAGGAGACCAGGCUUCACGUCUUUACCCUAGAUUACCCGCACGUGCAAAUCCCCUUCGAGAUCACCCUCUGGAUCCUCCUGGCUUCCUUAGCCAAGAUCGGUUUUCAUCUCUACCACAAAUUGCCCCAUAUAGUUCCAGAAAGCUGUCUCCUUAUUGUGAUUGGACUAAUUUUAGGUGGAAUUAUAUUUGGGGUACAGGAAAAGUCUCCACCGGUGAUGAAGAGCGAUGUUUUUUUCUUGUAUCUUCUUCCUCCAAUUGUCCUUGAUGCUGGUUAUUUUAUGCCAACACGCCUCUUCUUUGAGAACUUUGGCACCAUUUUUUGGUAUGCUGUUGUGGGCACGCUCUGGAAUUCAUUUGGCAUUGGCAUUUCCCUCUUUGCCAUUUGCCAGAUUGAGGCCUUUGGUCUGAGUGACAUCACUCUACUGCAGAGCCUGCUUUUUGGCAGUUUGAUUUCAGCAGUGGAUCCUGUAGCUGUGCUGGCUGUCUUUGAAAAUAUUCAUGUCAAUGAGCAGCUGUACAUCUUGGUUUUUGGGGAAUCGCUCUUGAAUGAUGCUGUAACUGUGGUCCUGUACAACUUGUUCAAAUCUUUCUGCCAGAUGCGUACAAUUGAGGCCAUUGACAUAUUUGCUGGAAUUGCUAAUUUUUUUGUAGUUGGCAUUGGUGGAGUUUUGAUUGGAAUCGUUCUUGGAUUUGUAGCAGCUUUUACUACUCGUUUCACCCAUAAAAUUCGAGUGAUUGAGCCACUGUUUGUCUUCUUAUACAGUUACCUAUCAUACAUAACAGCUGAAAUGUUUCACCUUUCAGGCAUUAUGGCGAUUACAGCAUGUGCUAUGACCAUGAAUAAAUAUGUGGAGGAGAAUGUUUCCCAGAAGUCCUAUACUACUAUAAAAUAUUUCAUGAAGAUGCUGAGCAGUGUCAGUGAAACCCUUAUCUUUAUUUUCAUGGGAGUAUCUACAGUAGGAAAAAACCAUGAAUGGAACUGGGCCUUUGUUUGCUUCACUCUGCUGUUUUGUUUGAUUUGGCGUUCACUAGGAGUUUUUGCAUUGACUCAAGUAAUAAAUGUAUAUCGGACAAUCCCUAUAACAUUUAAAGACCAGUUUAUUAUCGCUUAUGGAGGCCUCCGAGGAGCUAUAUGUUUUUCUCUUGUUUUCCUGCUCCCUUCUGCUGUAUUUCCUAGAAAAAAACUCUUCAUUACUGCCGCUAUCGUAGUGAUAUUCUUUACUGUGUUCAUUCAGGGAAUGACAAUUCGCCCACUGGUGGAGUUUCUUGAUGUCAAAAGAUCAAAUAAGAAGCAACCAGCAGUCAGUGAGGAAAUCUACUGUCGGUUCUUUGAUCACAUGAAGGCUGGUAUUGAAGAUGUGUGUGGACAUUGGGGUCACAGCUUUUGGAGGGAUAAGUUUAUAAAAUUUGAUAAGAAGUACCUAAGAAGACUGUUGAUUAAGGAAAACCAACCAAAAUCAAGUAUUGUUGCCCUGUACCAGAAAUUGGAAAUAAAGCAUGCCAUUGAAAUGGCAGAGAAUGGGAUGCUAAGCACAGUUCCAUCUCUAGCUUCUAUCAAUGAGCCUCAAGAAGCAGAAAAAAUAAAUACACCUUAUUCUGGUCAGAUGGAUAAUAUAAGAGAUAUUUUAACGAAGAAUCUUUAUCAGAUACGACAAAGAACUCCAUCAUAUAAUAGAUACAGUCUUGCUGAAGAUGCAAAUGAAAAGCAGGCCAAAGAAAUUUUGAUUCGCCGCCGACAUAGUCUGAGGGAGAGCAUUAGGAAGAGCAACAGUUUGUCAAGACCAGUGGACACCAAAGCACCACGUUACUUAUCACUACCUAAAAAUACUAAACUUGCAGAGAAAAUACGGAAAAGAAAUCAAUCCUCUUUUAAAGUAAGUGACAGCAGUGAUUCUGAAUCUGACCAUGCCAUGGUGCUGAAUUUAAAAUCCCAAGCGGGAAAAAUUUUGAGAGAUCAAAGACUUCGGCAGCAACAAUGCGGAAUUGAGUGGAAGAAUGAAAUGGACAGGGACAAUGGUGGUACAGGGAACUACCCUCAAGGAACAAGAGGCUUCCGGCAACCACUGUUGCCAAGACCAGCAUUUGGCACAGUGAAUGAAGAAGAAUCAGCUGAAGAUGACAGAUCAGGCAAGCCCCUGCCACCACCUCGAUUAGCCCGACAGGCAUCAAAAGCGGAAAGGCCAAGAGAUAAACCUGAGAAUAAACCACAGUAAUAAUUAUAAAACAGAUGCUAACAUUCAACAGCACAUAUAGUAGAUCAGCAUUAUGUAAACUGUAGUAGGGCAGUUGGAUUCAUUUAAAACCUGGCCCUAGAUUUCUGGGGGUGGGAAGGAAAGAAAAUCUAGUCAGAAAUCAAGUAGGGAGAAAUUCUUAGCUGCUAUGGGACCAGAUAAUGCAAAUUAUACAAUGAAGACAAGCUUGAUCAAUUAUUAUAUAUUGUAUGCUUGACAUGUGAUUUAUUUAUCUGUCAAGGAAAAGGCUACCAGAUCUGAACUGUGAAAAUCUGGACCACCACUAGAGGGCAGCCCUAAUCAAAGACAGAUUUCAGUUAGGACUUGCACUAAAAAACUUCCCAUCCUGUUAAAGAUAUCCAAUGUGCUAACACACAGUUAGGAAUUACUUUAAAGAGUCUGCAACAACAAACAGGGUUAUCUUGAUUUGGGGAUUCAAUCCUGUACACGUACUCUACAGA